UGCUCCACUAAUGAGUCCCGCCUCGUAACAUCAGCGCGGUGUGGAGAACAGACGCGUCGUGACGCGCGAGCAGGCGGAGCGACGCACACCAGAUCCGCCGCUCAGACGCGAGCAACGCGCGUCCGCCGCCGCUUUAAUGGUUUCUAGGCAAAUCCAGAAGUAUUUCCAGGAUUUAUGAGAAGACGCGUGAUGCUGUGUGUUCUGCUCCUGACGCUCCUCUGGACGCUGGUCACCGCAGCGCUGCAGCCGUCCACACACACGGCCUCGGUUCUGCAGGACGAUGGAACAAGGCCGUAUAUUUACCACUGCCGCUCUCCUAACAUGGAGAUCUUCACCUGCUGGUGGCGUCCGGUCGCGAAUCAGGACAACGUCACCUACACGCUCCAGUACACCACGGGAGAGAGCGCUUCUCAGGAGUGUCCUGAUUACGUGAGCGGCGGCAUCAACAGCUGCUUCUUCGACACCAAACACACUCAGAUCUGGGAGAUCUACUGCAUGAACGUGACGGCGCACACGCGCUCCGGACACAUCUCCUCACACAAGCACUGCCUGGACGUGGCUGAUAUAGUGGAGACUGACCCUCCCUUUAACCUGACGUACGUCGUGCUGAACGAGAGCGUGGAUCAGUCGUGUCGCAGUGUUCUGCUGUCAUGGCUGCAUCCGAUUGAGCCUCAGGUUCGUGAUGGAUGGAUCACGCUCCUCUACGAGCUGCGCUACAGACACCUCGCUCAGCCGGACACCUGGAAGGUAAAAGAGCGUUUGCGCGAGCCUCAAGUGGAGGUGUUCGAUCUGCCAGUGGGAAAAUAUGAGUUCAUGGUGCGCUGCCGCUCCACCAACAGCAAACACUGGAGCACAUGGAGCGAGCCCAUCAACGUCAGCAUCGUCAGCAGACAUCUGUCCGAUCGGAGGUUGGCCCUGAUCCUCGUGACCAGCAUCACCAUCAUGGUCUUCCUGGUCGUGGGUUUAGGGAUUGCUCCGCGAGGAAAGAGAAUUAAAUCGCUCCUGCUGCCACCGAUUCCCAAGCCGAGAAUCCGAGGGAUUGAACCGGUUCUGCUGAAGAAGGGGAAGCUUGACGAGAUCAAUCGUCAUUUCUCCAGCUUUCACGGCUACAAGUCGCCGCAGUACAGCAUGGAGACGUGGGUACCAGGUGAGUGUGGACCCAUGUCCGGCUGCGACUCCUGCACAGACGAGCUGCAGUCCUGUGCCCUACUGCAGUGGCCCCGGCCCCUACUGUGAGGAAGCCACGCCUGCUUCAAACCCCGGCCCCGCCCCCUACUG